AUCCAUGUCUAUGGCUGUGAAAGAACACGGCUCACAGGAACGCAGAAAUAAUUCCUGUUUUUUCCAGCCCUGGAGUUGGGGAGGACUGAAGGCAAUGCGUGGCUCGGUUCGUGUUCGAGCCCGGGGGGCUCGGCCGUGUCCCUUCCACCAGGGCCUAUGAGAGGUUCAUCACUCUGCUCUUUGAGGGCGUGUUGCUUCUAAUUUCUUCACCGCGCGGCUUUAUUCCUGGACAGCGACCCAAGAAAACGCGUCAGGAAGAAUGCUGGAAAUACCACUGUGACAUUAACAUUCCAUCUUCCCCUUGGAAUUGUCUUUAUACAGCAUUACCUUUUAGUGCUUAUAGUUCCUAGGAUCAGUUAAAUCAAGUUGUUUGGGAAGAUAGUCAGUAAUUUCAAAUGGCAGUGUGGAAAUGCCCAGACAUACAUGGGAACUGAUGCAAUUGCCACCCUCAGUGCAAACACUUCCAUGAUUUCUGUGCUCAGCAGGUGUUAGUUAAGUUUGGUAUUUGAGAAUAUAAAACAGUGGCUACACCUAACUGUUUCACUUGGAAGCGAAAAUAGUGAUAGAUACCUACGGCUCAUUUGUUAGAAGCAGAAAAGAAAGCAUUUAGACAUUAAUUUUUUGCUAGCUGUACAAAGUACAUGUCAUAGCAAGCUGUAAAAAAAUGUUUGUAUGCUAAAUAAUGUCUUUGUGUUCCAGAAAAAAGAGGCAAACUAGUAUCAGUGUAAGAGUAUUUUCUUUCCUCUCUCCCCCCUUCAAACUAUUGGACUGUCUUUACAGGGCAUCGACUGACAGGUGUUCCUGGUUUAAAAAGGAAGAAUUAAAUGAGUGUGAAAAAACCUGGAUUUUGUUACUGAAAGACAUCAGUCAAAAUUCACACUGCACAAACUGGGACACAGUGCCCAGCUUUCCAGAGUUCUUGGAAAAGGCUGAGGAAAAGAGUCCAGAACACCAGGAAGUCUUUACAGUCGGAACAAAAGACUUUCAGUGGGUAUCAUUCCCAUCUUUUCACAAAGAAAAACGUCUGAAGCCCAAGGAUCUGAGCUCCCAGCAGCCAACACAGAGCCAGAGCAAUGAGUUACAUAAAGGACAGGGCCAAGCAGAUAAACUGAAAAGUUUAUCAUCUACAGCUGAGAAAACCUGCUGGGGAAUCAGUACAGAUCAAGCCAAAACCGCAUCUGGGGAAGACACAAAAGGUGUUUCAAAGCUGGAUGCGAGUCUUAAGUCAUGUGAACUCCCUGGACACAGCAGCUCUGCACAGCCCUCGGCACUGGCCCAAAGCCCCACAGAAGCUUUGAGCCCUCAGCAGCACCGCACGGGGACUGUACAGAACAGCAGGGCAGAGGGGAAAGAAAAGGGUGAGGAAGAACCUCAAAUCCAAACACAUCAGGGGGAUGGUCCCAUGGGGAAGACCAGAGGGGGGCCUGCAGAGAAGCCUCGGCUCGGGAGUGCUCCUGGGGCUGAGAGCUGCGAAGAGAAGAUGGAAAGCCAGAGUGAAGCAGCUUCAGCUCUUGACAGUUGUCCAAUGUGUCUGAUUAAGUUUAGUGGAAGACUCUCACAGCUGGAUAUCGAUGGCCACCUUGCCAGGUGCUUGUCUGAAAGUGCAGAUGAUGUCAUGUGGUAGAGCCAGAAGAGUGGAGAGCAAAGGAGCAAGGCCAAGGAUGAAGCUUUCUCAAAGGAAAAGGAAAAAUGUGUCAAGGAAGCACCUCCUCACCUCUGCCUUGCUUAAGGAUCACAAGCCAGUAACUCAGUAGAAGGUCAAGUGCCACCUGCCUGUUUGUUUUUUUUAUUUUAAAGCCUCUCAAAUACAUGUAACGUAGUUCUAGUUCUGAAAAUGGUGCUCUGGGAUGUCCUAGAGAUCCCCAGGGAAAUCAGGCUUGGUACUCCUGAAAAAAAGGCACUAUUGGAAAUCCCUGGAGCUUUGUCUGAUGCACAGUUCCGAAUUUCUCAGGACAGAAGAAAGCAGCUGAGCAAAAGACAACUGUUACUUACUCUAAUUCAAAAGUUUACCUGUUUAGAAAAAAAUACCAGUAAUCUACGAAAAUAAACUGAGUUAAAAAGUCA